AUGGCUACCGAUAAUAUCCCCAGGAGCGGUUCCCCUUCACCAGAUACCUCCCCGACUCCUGCGAUCGGAGCUUGCCCUGAGCUCUCACGAUGUGUGUCCAUGGCCUCGUCCGGCGUCUCCGAUGUCACACCACGGCAUCUGUCUAUGGGUGACUUUGGUCCAGGCUCACGGAUAUCAUCUGCAACCUAUCCCUCGCGUGUUUCGAGACAGUCUUCGUUUGGCCAUGAUAUCAGGAACCGCCGCAGGGGCUAUAUGCGGCCACAUGCGACAUCUUUUGCCGCCAGUGCCAAGUCACGCGAGAGUGUGAUGAGCUUAGGGAGCAUUGCUCACUUGCAAUACUACUUUGCCCGUACCGGGCUGCUCGAUGGGAAAGGAGGACAACUUGCGCGCAAGAGACAGAAGCAACCGGCAACGCUCGACCUGUCGGCACUGGAGUCGGCUGCGUCGAACCCGCAGCUUGCGGGAACCGAUGCUGAUUCCUCGUACGCCUCGAUGGGCAGCAGCCCCGAUCUGAACGCGCCCGCCGAUAUGUCGUUUGGUAUGGACGAAUCUAUACAGUACGACAUGGAUGAAGCCUACGAUGGGAGCUUUGGGGACUCGGACUUUGAGGCUGACGGCAUGCUCCCGCCGACUGUCAGCACAUACCACUACAAGGAGAAGGUUGUUCCGAAGCCGCCAACCAUUGUGGAGCUCAAGGCCGAUGUGCAAACCUCCUUGAGUGAUGCAAAGAAGUUUUUGAAGGAAGUAAGUGACCGCAAGGCGGGCACCUUUCAGUCGGCACCCGACGCACCAGCGUACCCCAACAUGCCAGACGAGAAGACCCAGCCGUGGUAUGAACUCCAGGGAAUGCAGGUCCUGGAUGUCGUCACGCUCGCCAUCCGGGCCGCGAAACUCUACUACACAGCCCACGAGCUGCCAGAUCGACUGGAUGCCAUCAAAUCAGAGAAGGAGAUACGCACCGACCUCCUGGCGGUCAUGGAUGUGCUGAAGCAAAUGGCCACCCGGAAUUUCAAAGACGGAUUGAAGGAUGAAGAGGUCACCACCAUUGAUAAUUGGAUCGACAGUGUGUUUGACAUACUAAAGCAGGAGCAUGAUAUCGAGACCGCUGAGAACGCGGAGCGAGCCAGCUGGACUUGGUUGCAAGGCGACUGGACCGGGCGCGAACUUGAGCGUGAGCGAGCAUUCCUCACAUCCAUGGACACUGAAUCCGACCCUCUCCCAGAGUGGACCUCGAUAUCUGACGCCCAGGACCUUCCCACACCCUUUCUCCAGGCCAUGCAGAACGGCGUGAGAUUGAUCAAAUUGCACAAUGCGAUUGUGAAGAAAUCUUGGCGGCGGUACGGCGCCAUCCCAACCUUCCACACGGACACGCAGAAGCCGUAUCGGUGUGCUGACAACCUCCGUUACUGGCUCAAAGCCGCAGAGCUUCGUUUCGAAAUCAACAUCUCCAUGGAUGUCAUGGGUGUCGUGUGUAAUAACGGCCCAGAGGCAUGGCAAAGCUUUGAGCGUGCCAUCCUCCAGUGGUGCCGACAUGUCCGAGAGGAGAUCACAAAAGAAUUGCAUUGA